UUCAGUUCAGUAAAUCAGAACAGGCCAUUAGUUUACACUAUCACAUGAAAUUAUGUUGAACUUCAUGUAAAAUUUCCUAUCCAUGGGAGAUAGAUCCAUUAUCUAAAAGAAAAAUUGGGAAAAAAAAAUUCAUAAUCAAAAUCAAAUAAAAAAUUCACAAUUAAUCAAAAAAAACCUCAAGUCCUCAACUUCUAUCAAAAAUCAAACCAACCCCAGGUGUUCUUACUCACUCACACACUCAAAUUCACACUCUCACUCUUUCUUACCCUUUAAACACAUUUCAGAGAGAGAAAAUCCCCAAAAAAUGGAGAGAGAAGGAGUUCAAGAGAGAAUGCAUUCUUCUCGAAGAACAGCAGUUUCAGGCGACGAUAAUGAGAACGAAGAAUCCGACGAUGAAUCAAAGACGAAGAAAACCGUCGCAUUUUCAACUCGUUUCAUCAACUUUGUUUCUCGUUAUGGUCUUCUUUGGCCUUGCCUUGCUUUCACUUUCAUCGUCGUUUUAUUCACUUCUUCCGUCGUUUUCUACACUCGUUCUCUUGUUUGUGUUUCUACUCCAAGUAGGGGCUUCUUUCAACCUCAUUCUCGUUUCGCUUUCUUUGGAUUUGAUGGGCUUGAUUCUGAUUUUGGAUCUCUUGGUGUCCCCUGGUGCAGAUCGAAACAUGGAAAAACAGUGGAAUGGACUUCCAAGGAUCUCAUCAGUGGACUGGAAGAAUUUAUACCUAUAUAUGAAACUCGGCCAAUCAAAAACAACAUGUUUGGCAUGGGAUUUGACCAUAGCUUUGGACUGUGGUUUAUUGCAAGGUGGUUGAAGCCAGAUCUCAUGAUAGAGAGUGGCGCUUUUAAAGGGCAUUCCACAUGGGUGCUGCGACAAGCUAUGCCGUACACUAGGAUAAUAUCAGUCACUCCCCGUCAUCCUGAGAAGUAUCUGAAGAAGGGUCCUGCUUAUGUUGAUCAAAAUUGCACAUACUUUGCAGGGAAGGACUUCGUAGAUUUUGGAAAUGUUGACUGGAAAAGUGUAAUGAAGAAACAUGGGGUUACUGAUCUCAGUCGAGUUCUUAUCUUCUUCGAUGACCAUCAGAGUGAACUAAAAAGAUUGAAACAGGCACUAAAGGCUGGUUUCAGACAUAUUGUCUUUGAAGAUAACUAUGACACAGGAACUGGAGAUCAUUAUUCCUUGAGACAAAUUUGUGAUCAAAGUUAUAUCAGAGGAGGAGGCCACAGUUGCUUCAAAGAAAGCGAUGAAGCUAGAGUAAGAGCAAAAAGGAAACCAUUCUGGGAGAAAGCACUGGAUAUCGAUGAACUCUGUGGGCCUAGUGAAUCAUGGUGGGGUGUAAGAGGCUAUAUGCGCGAUGACUUUAACCAUAGCAACAAGUUAAUCUCCUACUCUGAGCACUUCCAGAAUAGUAGAUUUGUGGAAUCAAUCUUAGAUAUCUAUUGGGAGGUUCCACCAGUUGCCGGUCCAUCUCUAACUCAUCAAACAAGAUAUGAUCCUGCUCGCUCUGUUCCGCCUAUUGUUGAAGAUGGUCAUUAUAACCUCUUCCAAAGGCUAGGUCUAGGUAGACUCGAAAGAUCUGGAUUUAAUGGGUACACUCAAAUGGUAUAUGUUCAGAUUUCCGAGCCUGAAUCUUAGGUUUGUCAGAAAUAUAUGCAGAGAAAAUAUUUGUUCAGAUUUUUGGCUUCUAUAUGCACACAUUCAGCUCAGUUAGGUAAUUUUACAGCAAUGAUAUAUUUCUUCUUUCACCUACCACUGUUCCAUUACCUUGUUCAAGUUUUGCAAUCAUAACUUAUAAUUUUCCACCCUCUAACCAGCAAAAUUAUUGAGUUAGUAUGUAAUUGAUUUCUUUGGCUAUGAUGUUAUAUAUAAAGUUUUUUUUUUUUUCUUUUGCUUUUGACUUCUUUGGUUAGGCAAGAUUUGCUAGAUACUGUAUCCUCUAAAUAUCAACUUGUUUAUUUCGAGUGUAAUAUUUUUCUCCUAUAU